GAACUCUCGAAGGCUAUUUACGCUUUUUUUCUGUGCUUUCGCCUUUUUCCAUGAGAGCGUCUUAAUCCAUCGACCCUUUUGCGCUGCCUGUCCUUACCGGGUGUUGGUUUGGCUUUGAUUUCCAUCUGCAGCACUGCUUCUCCAAAUCGCGAUGCCGGACCUAACCUCUCACGCUUCCCCGUCGCAUGCAUCCCCCCCAGGCCGAGCUGCCAGCGACAUCCCGGCUAGCUCUAAUCCUACAGCAAUUCCACUGCCACAGACAGAAGCAGAGACAGCCCAGGGCGGCGCAAACCAGGACAGCGACCCUGCGAAUAACAAGGGAGUGGCAAGCCCUGGACUGCUAGACUCAUUCCUUUCCCCUGUUUUCACACCCCCGAUGACACCAGGCGGCUCAUUGAAUCCUACGGGACUACUCCAACAGAGCCAAUUGUCCGGAGUCCAACAUACGACUGCGCCUACGAAGCUACUGUCUCAACUGCCGAAUGUGGAAUGCAUUGUCCGCGCUCGAAUCCCCACCACCAAUGGUGCGGAAAUGUUUCUACAUCUCUACCAUAAUGACAUUGACAACAAAGAACACCUAGCCAUCGUGUUUGGGAACAGUAUCAGAAGUCGCAGUUUGGAUCGCGUUCGGCCGGGAGAAGGGGAAAUGGAUCGCAUGAUUCGUGGCGCCUAUGUCGGCAAGUUGCGCCCGGGGAGAGUGAGCAGCUGGUAUGAUGAAGAUCACGCCGAAGCUUCAGAGAGGGGGAAGCAGGGAGAUGAUGCGGGGCAUGAUACGGGGUCUUCCGGGGAAACGAAGAACAAAAAGCUGGCUCAAAGUCCUCUUGUGAGAAUCCAUUCAGAAUGCUAUACUGGCGAGACUGCCUGGUCAGCACGUUGUGAUUGUGGUGAACAGCUUGAUGAGGCGGCGCGAUUGAUGUCUUCGCCGCAUGAGACGUUGUCUGAGACUAUCUCUGCCGAGGAUGCGGCGGCAUUUGAUGCCAAUUCCCCUGGGGGCGUCAUCAUUUACCUUCGACAAGAAGGUCGUGGGAUUGGCCUAGGAGAGAAACUGAAGGCCUAUAAUCUUCAGGAUUUAGGUUCUGAUACGGUCGAGGCCAACCUCCUUCUUCGACACCCGGCCGAUGCCAGGAGCUACGGCCUUGCGACGGCAAUGCUAGUUGAUCUUGGUUUAGGUGCUGACUCUAAUCCAGACGGAAUUAGACUCUUGACAAAUAACCCUGACAAAGUGCGGGCAGUUGAAGGGCCAAAUCGAGAGGUUGUCGUACAAGAGCGAGUGCCCAUGAUUCCACUGGCAUGGAGGACGGGAGGAAAGAAGGGGAUAAAAUCCUCAGAAGUAGAAAACUACUUGAAAACAAAGGUCUGUCAAUUCAUCCAUGACCCUCAGGAGCAAGUAUCGUACGGGAAGUCCUCUUUACUGACGUUUGGCUUAAACAGAUCUCAAAGAUGGGCCAUAUGAUUCAAUAACUUUCACUCGGUGCAUUUAUCUACCUUUCUCCGGUGUAUUUCCUUUUUCUUGAUACGCUUUUUUGGCAUUUACGGUGGGACUCCUUUUGUUUUUGGUUUAUGGUGGCGACCAAUGCUUGAAAAGCCUUUAUAAUUACUUUCAUAUGUCCGUGUAGACUCCCUUGGAGAGUACGGCUCUACAUAUAACAAGGUUUUAGUGCUUGAAUGCCGUUGUAUUUUUGCACUUCCUCCGGAUCACUUUUCUUUCAUAUACAUUCCAUGCCAGUGGCUGUUAGACAAGAAUAUAUAUAUGCUGUACGGGGGUAUGGUGAUGUUAUUCAUUUUGAUUCCCUCACGUUACCGCAAAGAUCACGUGACCGUUAUUCUGAUAACGGUGAUGAAUUUUGGAGACAUCGGCUUCCUGACAUCCAUGAUGACUUCUCUUCUUUCCAGCAAUCUCUCUUCCCUUCAGAAAUCC